CACUGCAGCGCAACAGAUCCACCACUCAGAACACUUGCUUGGUUUAUUGGACCAAAAAAACCCAGGACCAGGACCAUCGCCUCUCAGGUCCAGACUGGCAGCAGAACCAGGACUGCAAAGCACCUCAGGGAGUCCGCUGAGGGCAUGGGUGCUGGAAAACAGCAGAGAGUCAAGGCGUUGCCUCCAGAUGGUGGGUGGGGGUGGGUGAUCGUCGGCUGCUGUUUCAUGGUGAUGGUCUGCACACGUGCAGUGACCAGGUGCAUCUCCAUCUUCUUUGUGGAGUUUCAGGCUCACUUUGAAGCAGACUACUCGUCCACAGCCUGGAUCCACAGCCUGGUGGACUGCACCACCAUGCUCUGCGCUCCGAUAGGAAGUCUGGUGUCGACCCGCUGGUCCUGCAGGGGGGCAGUGAUGUCGGGUGGAAUCCUGUCCUUCUGUGGUCUCCUGCUCAGCUCCUUCUCCACCAGCUUAUGGCACCUUUACUUCAGCAUGGGCGUCCUGACAGGUCUUGGAUUUGCCCUCUGCUACACUCCAGCCAUCGCCAUGGUAAGCUGCUACUUCCGGCGCAGGAAGGCGUUGGCUUAUGGCAUCGCCAUGUCGGGCAGCGGCAUCGGGACGUUCGUUCUAGCUCCAGCCGUGCAGCUGCUCAUUGACCUGUUGUCGUGGAGGGGGGCACUUCUUGUUCUCAGUGCCUUCGUGGCUAACCUCUGUGUCUGUGGAGCACUGCUGCGACCAAACACAAAGCAGGAGGAGGAGAUGGAGAAUAAAGGAAGAGAGACAUGUGGUGAGAGACAGCAAGGUGACGAUUUAUCCCAGGAAGCUGAGUUUUCUAUCAAAUUCAAAGAUUCUGAAAACAGAAACAAGGAGCCAUCUCUGCUGCCCCUGCCACCCUCAAAUGCAAAAAGGACAUGUUGCUUCAGUUCCUGCUUCCUGUCCAGUAAGGAGUACCACUUCCUGUUGCUCCCAGACUUUCUGGGUCUGGCCGUGUCCUUCCUAUUCUUGGCCAGCGGCUGCAGCCUGCCCUUCGUUUAUCUGGUGCCGUACGCUCUGAGCUGUGGCGUCAGCCACCAGAAUGCUGCCUUGCUCAUGUCCAUCCUGGGAGUCAUCGACAUCUUGGGGAACAUCACCUUCGGCUGGCUGACGGACCAAAGGUGUUUGAAGCCGCACCGUCUGACCUGUUACAUCGUUGCACUGGUGAUGGAGGGUCUCUGCUGCCUCUUCAUGCCACUACUCAGUUCCUUCCCGCUCCUUGUGUCGUUCGCCGUGCUCUACGGUUACUUUGACGGCGCCUAUGUGGCUUUGAUCCCCGUGGUGACAUCAGACGUGGUCGGAGUGCAGUACCUGUCCGUGGCGUUGGGUGUUGUCUACUUUUUGCACGCCAUCCCCUACCUGGUCAGUCCACCAGCUGGAGGUUGGCUGGUUGAUGUGACAGGAAGUUAUACGGCCACCUUCCUCUUCAGUGGUGCCGCCCUGCUGGCCAGCUCGCUCAUCAUUUCCAUCGUCACAGGGAUUCGCCGCAGCCGCCUGAAUGGCAGGCACAAGCCCCUCCCCUUCAGUCGGCCUGAUUGGUCAAACUGUUCCCACGAAGAGAUGCGCAGACAGGAAGUUGCAUCAUAGUCUUCAUUAACAGCCAAUAAGAUUCAUGGACACAAAAUAAAGUAAAACACCUGGAACUCUGUGAUUGACAAUUUUCACAGCCAAUCAAAUAUUCACAGGAUUAAAGACUUUAAGAGAAAAGACUUUCUUCAUUUCAGUCACAUGACCAAACAACAGCAAGUGACUAGACUCUACGCAGUCACAAGUCCAAACAGGUGUUUUUAGGCAUUUUGCAUUAUUUUUUUAAAAGCUUUGUUUCAUGUUAAUGUAAAAAUACCUUCACAGAAACUAAUAAAAUAAAGUUUUACACACUAACUUUAUAGUCAGUUGCUGUCUUUAUGAAAGGAAAUUCUGCUGAUAGUAGGUUGACCCUAAACGCACCACACUGGUUGUUUCAGGUGAUGUGACCCUGAACUCACCAUGCUGAUUCAGAUGAUGAGACUCUGAACGCACCACACUGAUUCAGAUGAUGAGACCCUGAACGCACCACACUGAUUCAGAUGAUGUAACCCUGAACGGACCACAUUGGUUGUUUCAGAUGUGACCCUGAAUGCACUACACUGGUUGUUUCAGAAGAUGAGACCCUGAAUGCACCACACUGGUUGUUUCAGAUGUGACCCUGAAUGCACCACACUGGUUGUUUCAGAAGAUGAGACCCUGAAUGCACCACACUGGUUGUUUCAGAUGUGACCCUGAAUGCACCACACUGGUUGUUUCAGAUGUGACCCUGAAUNAAUGCACCACACUGGUUGUUUCAGAUGUGACCCUGAAUACACCACACUGGUUGUUUCAGAUGUGACCCUGAAUGCACCACACUGGUUGUUUCAGAAGAUGAGACCCUGAAUGCACCACACUUGUUGUUUCAGAAGAUGAGACCUUGAAUGCACCACACUGGUGAACACUGCUCAGUAGAAGCUGAGCCUCACCUGAGUAGCUCCUCCUCCUACUGGACAGAUUACCUGUUUGGG